GAGAUACAUCCAGAAUGAACCUCUUCCAGUCUGUGAACAGUGCAAUGGAUGUAGCUCUUGGUGAGGACCCAUCAGCAGUAAUAUUUGGCGAGGAUGUUGCUUUUGGCGGAGUUUUCCGGUGCAGUAUUGGUCUGAAGGAUAAAUAUGGUGCUGAUCGUGUAUUUAACACUCCUCUAAGUGAACAGGGCAUUGUUGCCUUCGGUAUUGGACUAGCAGUUGCUGGGGCGACUGCGGUUGCUGAAAUCCAGUUUGCUGACUACAUUUUUCCAGCGUUUGAUCAGAUUACAAACGAGGCUGCGAAAUUCCGAUAUCGCACAGGAAACUUGUUUGACUGUGGUAAAUUGACAAUAAGGACGCCAUGUGGGGCAGUUGGCCAUGGUGCGUUAUACCACUCUCAAAGUCCAGAAGCAUUCUUUUCUCAUAUAGCAGGUGUCAAGGUUGUGAUGCCCAGAGGUCCAAUCCAGGCUAAAGGACUGUUACUAAGUUGUAUAAAAGAAGAAGAUCCAUGUAUAUUUUUUGAACCAAAGAUUUUAUAUAGAGCAGCUAUAGAAGAAGUACCCACCGGUGAUUACACAAUACCAUUAGGCAAAGCUGAAGUUGUAAUUGAAG